UGUGCGCAUGCGCCGGAAGUUGCUGCCGCAGACAGCAGCAGUGAUUCGGCAACGCAGGGCAACAACAGCAAAAAGAAAUCUGUCUUUGCAUUUAAGCCAAACCAUGACGAUGUUCUAAAGAAUGCCUUUGACAGAGGUAAAUGGAGAUGUGAGGAGGAGCGACUGUCCCAUGUUGCAUUAGUGUCGGUGUGAAAUGCUGGCCUGUCUGCCGCGGCCAGGUGACCUCUCCCUCCAGCUUCUCCCCCACACGCAGAUGAACACUGGACUUCAGAAAUGGGACACUACACAGAGGAUGAGAUCCGCUCAGUAUCCGACCCCUGCAGAAUUGGAUGCCUAUGCUAAGAAGGUCGCCAACAGCCCCCUGACCAUCAAGAUCUUCCCCAACAGCGUCAAGGUCCCCCAGAGGAACCACGUGCGGCGCACGGUCAACGGGCUGGAUACCUCAGGCCAGCGCUACAGCCCCUACCCCCCCUCUCAGGCCAGCGUCAAGGCCGGCCUCCUGGCCGUCGUCAAGGCGCCCCUCGUCAAGGGCAUCCUCAAGGACUUUGACGGCAGCCGGGUCCGCCUGCACUCCGAGGUGAUCAUGAACCCCCCCGCGGGACCCUACGCAACCUCCUCGGCCAGCACUUUAACCCUCCACCACCCCCCGGGCGGCCCCCGGCCCCCGCAGAGCCUGCCCCCCCACCCCCAGACUCUACAAACUCUUCAGGGCCAAGCGCAAGGCCAGGGCCUCAGACACCCACCCCCCUUAUCCCAGCACACCCGACCCCAGACUAUGUCCGCCCACGCCCCUGCCCUGGCCCACCCCCAGCCCCCCGCCCUCCAGCUCCAGCAGCAGCACCAUCCGCAGCCCCCUCCAGGCCUGCAGGGGGGCAGGAAGCUGCCGGAUGGCGACGCGCCCCCCAACGUGACCGUCUCUACCUCAACCAUUCCUCUAUCCAUGGCGGCCGGCCUGCACCAGGGCCGGCAGGCUGACCUGAGCACCAUCGUGCACCAGAUCAACCAGUUCUGCCAGGCGCGGGCCCAGGGGGCCAGUGCCACGUCCAUGUGCGAGGGGCAGAUCGCCAACCCCAGCCCCAUCAGCCGGAACCUGCUCAUCAACGCCAGCUCCAGGGUGUCCAUGCACAGCAGUGGCCCCAACGGUCCCGGCCUGCCCCCCCACAACUGCGUCAUGGGCCCCGCAGACAACGCCGCAGCCCCUGUGGGCCACCCCCCCCACAACAUGGCCGCCAUGAACCGCAUGCCUGUCUAUCACAAUGAUAUCAAGCAGCAGCAGCACCACCAACAGCAGUUACAACAACAACAUCAUCAUCAUCAUCAACAACAGCAUCAUCAUCAACAACAACAACAACAACAACAU